AGAAUAACAAAAACAUUUAUUAUACGCAUUUUAAUAUUCAAGUUUUUCAAUUAAAAAUUACUAAUCAAAUAAAUUAGUAAGGUUUUAUCUACAAUUAGAAAACAAAUUUUUCAUAAUAUUUUUGAUUUUAUGAAAAUAUUCUUUUAAAUAGUAUUAUUUUAGAAUAUUCAAAUUGAUUUCCUGUUAAUUUUGAUGCAUUUCUUUUACUUAAUUCUCUAAUUUUGGAUUGUUAAAAAUUAAAAUAAAUAUCCAUAAAAAAAUUUUCAAUCAAACAAUUGAUACUUUUCAAACUCUAAAAUAUUUUUUUUCCAAGAUAAAAAUUCUUAUCUUCUUAUAAAGAUUACUAAAAAAGAAAAAAAUAAUUAUAUAAUUUUCUUUGAGUAAAAUAGGAAUUUUAGAUAAAAAAAAAAUUUUAUUUUACAACUUAUGAGCAAGUAAAUAUA